GGUGGGAUGUUUCUAACGUGACGUCAUGUCCUGCCAGGAAGUUUUACGUCCCUGCUCUUCUGCGCAUGCGCGGUUAUGGUUCGUUGAGGCUUAAAUAGUUGUAACCUAACAAACACCAUAGAGGGGGAGCAAAAUGAGGGACUGACCCUUACCCUGUGAGAUAUUAUGAGCUAGUUCUGAGUGGACACACACUCACACACACACUCUGUCGGCUCAGCUCUGCUGUGUCUGUGUCUUUUUACUCACCGGUUCCUGGAGAAAUGCAGAGACUCUGGUGUCUGAGAAGCGGCUUGCAGCUGCUGAAGUCCAGCUGUGAGGGAACAUCAAAACAAACCAACAAAUGGCUUUCGACCUCCAGACGUUACAGCCAUGCCUCCAGCUCCUUCGGGCUCCUCUUUGACAUUGACGGGGUGCUGGUGCGAGGCAGGACGCCAAUCCCUGCUGCCAAAGAGUGCUUCAAGAAUCUGGUGGACCGCAAUGGGCAAUACAAGGUGCCUGUGGUGUUUGUCACUAAUGCCGGGAACUGCAUGAGGCAGACGAAAGCUGAACACCUGUCACAGCUCCUUGAGGUGGAGGUGUCUCCAGACCAGGUGAUGCUCUCCCACAGUCCUUUGCGAAUGUUCACCCAGUUCCACAAAAAGUGUGUGCUGGUGUCGGGCCAGGGUCCUGUGGAGGAAGUUGCUCACAAUCUGGGCUUUCAGGACAUUGUGACUAUAGAAAUGCUGAGAGACGCAUAUCCUCUUCUAGAUGUCGUGGAUCACAACAGAAGGCCCAGAGGCAGUAUUCCACCCACAAAAGGCUUACGGCCAAUCGAUGCUGUCAUCUUAUUUGGUGAGCCAAUCAGAUGGGAGACCAACCUCCAGCUUCUUACCGACGUGCUCCUGACAAAUGGGAACGCAGGCAGUGACUGGAGUUCGGCACAGUACCCUCACAUCCCGGUCCUGGCCUGUAACAUGGACCUGCUGUGGAUGGCAGAGGCGAAGAAUCCGAGGUUUGGUCAUGGUAUGUUCUUGGUCUGCUUAGAAAGUCUUUACAAGAAGAUCACGGGGUAUGAGCUCAAGUACGAGGCUCUGAUCGGUAAACCCAGUGUGGUGACGUACAAUUAUGCUGAGCUGCUGAUCAGACAGCAGGCUGAGAAACUUGGCUGGACCACACCUGUGAAGAGGCUGUAUGCUAUAGGUGAUAAUCCCAUGGCUGACAUAUACGGCGCCAACCUCUAUGACCACUACCUCAAUGCUUCUCGGUCUACCAAGGCCCAGAAACAGGCCCAGAGUGGUGGAGGAAGAGUAGAUCCCCUCACAGAAGCUGAUGCCCCUAAAAUGCCUUCAGCAGAGCAAGGAGAGUUUGGAGUUAACCCAGAAGAGGAAGAACUGCCAGACAGUUGCAGCUCCAUCCUGGUGUGCACAGGAGUGUACAGCAGAGAUCAGCAGGAGCUGCCCUCAGACACGACCCAGACCGUCACCAAGCAGCACAUCUUCCAUGGUCACCGGGACUUCGGCUUUGACCCCAGCCUCACGCAGCCGUCCUUCACGGUGCAGGAUGUGAAGGAGGCGGUGGAGCUGGUGUUCCAGCAGGAGGGUUGGCCCCUGGAGUAACACACGCACUCCAGCCUUGUACUAACCAGCUCUAACACCCCAUAGAAGCAAGUGUGUCACAGGGAAGAUUUACUGUAGCGGUUACUGUGACUAGGUCUUAAAGAUUUUUUUAAAAUAAGUGCCAUAGAAUCAGCUGUAAUAAGUAACAAAUGCAGUUUUAACACCAACUACACGAACGUUGCAGGCAUAAAAGUCGCUUUUACAGGGUAGUGGGUCACAAACAGUCUUGUUUCAUGCAUAUCCAGACGUUUACAGAUUUUCUAGCUGUUAACAUUUAUUUUAACUAAAGUCUGUAAGUUCACUUUACUGUAAUGUUGAGACUGAUCCAGGAAGACCCUUCAUACAUCUGCUGAUAAUAUACAACACACAUUGUCCUGACAAAGAUGGAUUUUAUUCUCUGCACAACAGUUUGCCUAACUACACCAUCUUGUCUUUCCAAAAUAUGCAUCCAUUAGCAGGCCUCAUGUAAACCAGUUCUGCUUGCAUUACUGUCAUGUGUUUUAGCUUGAUUUGUUUCAUAAGCUAUGAAUAACAUGUAACCACUAAGGCCGAUGAGAUUAAGUAGCCUAGUACUUAGUGCUUAGUACCUCAGUCAGUCAGUCAGUCAGUCAUCAUCUAACCGCUUUAUCCUCCACCAGAGGGUCGCGGGGGGUGCUGUGCCAAUCUCAGCUACAUCAGGCGAUAGGCGGGGUACACCCUGGACAGUUCGCCAGUCCAUCGCAGGGCCACACACAGCUAGAGACAAACAACCAUUCACUCUCACACUCACUCCUAUGGUCAAUUUUAGAGUGUCCAAAUUACCUAAUCCCCACAUUGCAUGUUUUUGGACUGUUGGAGGAAGCCGGAGAACCCAGAGAGAAUCCACGCACACACGGGGAGAACAUGCAAACUCCAUGCAGAAAGGCCCUUGUUCCAACCGGGGCUCGAACCCGGGUCUUCUCGCUGCAAGGCGAGAGUGCUAACCACUACACCACCGUGUGGCCCAGUUUAGUACCUCAUUAGAUUUAAUUUAAUCCAUUUUCAGUAGGAUGGUAGAUUUUAUUUGACUUGAAGUUGUUACAGUUGUGAAAAUCCUAUGAAUGGAUCACGUGAAUGUCUAUUGUCUAAUGUAAGACUUUUGAGAGAGAAUAUGGAAUUACAGCACAAAUGGUUCUAAACUAAA